AUGUUCAGUCCCACGUGUGAGGUUUUGCUCAAAAAUUUUGAGGAAGGAACUGGGCCAAUCAAAGGAGAUGCAGAUUCGGCAUAUGAGGCUAUGAUGACAUUUGAGUUCAUAUUUGUCUUGCAUCUUGAAAGAGAAAUAAUGGAGAUCACUGAUUUACUUUGUCAAGCUUUACAAAGGAAAGAUCAAGAUAUUUUUAACUCAUUGAAGUUAGUUGCAUCUACCAAAUUGUUAUUGCAACUAAUGAAAGAUGAAAGCUGGGAUGUUUUGCUUUGCCUUGUUAAGUCAUUUUGUCAGGUACAUAACAUAAUGAUCAUACACUCGAACAUCGUUAUCAAAGGGAAUCGAGCUCGUAAUGAGUAUAGUGAUCAUACACUUGAGCAUCAUUACCGAGUGGAUAUCUUUUAUGAAGCAAUUAAUUGUCAAUUAAUGGAAUUAGAUCAUCGUUUCAGUGAUGGUUCCAUGGAGAUGYUUYRUCUUGCUUCAACUCUAGAUCCUAAAAAUGUGUAUGAGACUUUUAGAAGUCUUGAUGUAAGACAACUAGUAGAGAAGUUUUAUCCUGAAGAUUUCAGUGAUCAUGAGAAAACAAUUCUGAAAAUGCAACUUCAACAUUAUGCUAUUGAUGUCGUUCAACAUAUAGAUUAUAAGCAAUUGACAUCUGUUGCAGAAUUGGGUCAAUGGUUGUUUCUAUCGCGACAACAAAGAGAUCAUUUUAGCAUUGAAUAUUGUGAAAACAAGAAUACGGAAUAA